AGACAAACUAGCACCAUGGCGCUCAAAUCGCGCGCGUUGGGCGUGCUUAUUGCGGUGCUAGCAUCGCUGAGUCCGCAAGGAGCUGUGCAUCAUGGUGAAGACCCGAGGCGGCAACGAUACGAAGCCGCAGAGCACGCCGCAGCUGUGCAGCGCCGCGCACAACGCCGAAGCGCAGGAGUCGCCCUACGUCUCGACGACGCCGCUAGAAGCGAAGACCUGCGAGGCCGCGCGACACCCGUCGACGCUGAGCGUCGAGGCGGCGCUCGCAAGAAUUCCAAAGCAGCCGAACUCGAGCUGCGCGUGCGAGGAGGCGUACAACUGGCUGGUGCUCGUCGCGUACGCGGAGUACCGCCGGGCGCUGGAGAACGGCGACGACACGACCGAGCAGUGGGCCUGGCUCGAAUACUGCAUCUCGGUGUUCCUCUUCCACUACUCGCGCCGGUUCUUCGGCGCCAAGCUCACGCUUUCGUACCUGGCGGCCAUGGAGGCGACGACGAGCAUGAGCUGGCAGAAAAAUGGCAUCGCGUCGCGCGACCACUGCGACAUGCUGGCGCUCCAGGAGGAGGCGGGCUGCUCGUUCCACGCCGACGACUGGGUCACCGACCGCAACAUCCCGCGCUACGACGCCGAGGUCCUGUUGUACUCGCCGUGGGCGCUCCAGUUCGAGUCCUGCCUAGCGCUGGGCUACAACAUCCACAACGGCACGAGCGCCGUUGUUGUAGCCCGGCGAAGGGCUCGACGUACGAUGCGCGGGAUUCUGCAGACGGCGGGCCUCCAAGCCGGGAACCAGCAGCAUCACGCCCAGGUCGUGCAGCAGCUGGUGCAGCAGAACGUGGGCGUGCUGCGCCACGGAAGCGGGAACGUGCGAGCCUGGGCCGGGAAUGCGUUGCGGUUGCAGGGCGGCUCCUGGAGCCCGAACGCCGCCAACGACCCGCGCGCGCUCCCGUGGUUCGAGCGCGACGCGGCGGUCGCCGCCGUCGCCGCGGACGACGACGAGGCCGCGCCGCUCAUGAUCGAGCCGCCGACGGAAGCGUUGGACGUCGUCGAGGGCGACGGCGCCAUGGAUCUCGAGGAGCUCGCGGCGCCGAGCGAGCCCGGGCACGUCGGCGUCGUCGCCGAUCCCUUGGUCACGGGCGUGGCGGCGACGGCGCCCCGCGCCGCCUUAGCUUUAUUAGAUACGUCGGCGCACGUUUUUGACGGCCCCUACGCGCCGAGCGCCGGGCUUCACGCGCUGUCGCCUCCUCAACUAGAUGGUCGCGUGGUGCGCUCCUUCGAGACGGGCGAGCCGCUGAUGGACGCGCUCUUGGGUCUAGGACGCGGGGCGGGUGCGUCGUUAUCUGCGGUUUCUCGCGGCCGCGGUGCGUCACUGAGCCGGCUCAUGUCGGCUUGCGGCGACGGUUCGUGUGAUACCGCGACGCUGUGUUUCCUGACGUGUAGCCCGAGCACCGCGCUCGGAGGUCUACGUGCCUCGUCCUCCGAGGUACAGCAGCCGCGGGCCUGGGGAGCGUUCGGCGGGGCGCGGUCCGGUGCGGCGUUGGGCCUCGUCGGUGGUUGCUCUGGUCCUGGUUCUACCGACACGGAGCCCGGCGCCGCGGUCUUAGCUCCCAGCAUGCCCACGGUGUCGGACAACUGUAGAGCCGUUGCGCGCGCGUGGCGGGAGCUCGCCCAGCGCGAUCACAAAAACGAGUGCGACCGGCUGGUCUUCCAGAUGGAGCCAUUCGACGAGGAGGAAGGCGCGCCGGCCUUCGUGGAGAGGGUCUUUGCCGGUGCAUCCUCGAGAGGCAAAAGUUUGUACAGGACUCUCUCCUACGCCCUCGAUGACGUAGGGUCCAAAUUAAUCGAUCGGAAGACGGCCGUCUUCGCCGCGCUGGAUGGUGUUACUGCCGCCGACUUCCUCAAGACUAGCCGAUUGCUCGAGUCGUCGGACACUUCUGGCGGCAGCGACGCGUUAGUGAGUGGGCUCUCAGCGGGAGCUGGCGACGCCAUCGACGCGACGACGGGCUUUACGGAGCAGGACCGCCUCGAUUUGCAGAGGAUUAUUAAGGGUGGGGGAACCUUAUCAAAGCCGAGGCUCGAGGCCGCCUUCAAACGGCACGGGCUGCCUCCGUGGGACAAAUUCACGGCGUGUGUGGAAUCUAAUAAAUUGAGAGCGCACCUAGAAAAGCUACUGGCGGACGCCGCCGAUAGUGAUAGUGAGGACGACGAUAGUGAAGACGAGGACGACUGCACGAGGGGCUCUGGUGCGGACGCUUCUGUGGAAGAGUUCGUCCGUGUUGUGGGGAAGUACGUGGAUUUCAAAGGGGCCGGCGACAUUGUUAUUGGCGAAGACUUCUUAUCUGUGGCGCUAUCCUUAUGCGUCCCGACGGAGGUGCGGGAUUUGGAGGAGGAGGUCACGGAGACGCCGACGCAGCGCUACAAGGCCUCGGAUUUGAAGAGCGCGUCGGAGGUGCUGGCCAAGAACUUUGAUGAUAUUGUAGCGUUAUUGAACGUCGCGAGCCUCCAAGCGCUCGCGUGCGUAUCGCACGCCGGUGCUGCUGUCGUACCGUUCCGCGGCGCGGCCUCGUUCUGGAUUCGACGCGGCUCGACCACGGACGAUGAGGUGACUCCGAGCACCUUCCGGUCGUGUUUACUCCCGGAGUUCCUGCCCUUCGGCGCGGCCGACGCCCCCCAAAAAGAGCGGGUCGAGAAGGCCCACGAGCUCGUUGUUAAGAUGUUGCUCCGAGCGGAAGAGAUCACGGUCAAGCAGGAUAUAGGGGUGGGUGAGACGCCGUGGGAGAUAUUACGCGACGCUGCAGCCAACUCGCGUUUCUCGUUUGUCGAGUUCCACCAGCUCCGCAAGGCCGUGGGCGAGCGGGACGAGUGGUUCCAGGACUACAAGGCGUCGCACGCCGGUUGUACCGUGAACACAAAUAUCAAGAUCGCGCUCACGAAGAAGCUUUUGGAUCAGUACCUCAGACGGCUCCUGCGGGACCCGGCGCGGAAGCAGGAACUGGAGACGGUUGCGUCGAAGCCGUCGGCGCAUCUUGCGGUCACGCUCGAGACGUCGCUGUCGACUUUUCUAGUUUUGUCCAAAAAGCGCCGCGAGGCUUUUCUCGACCAGAGCGUGAAGCUCAAGAACUACGGCUACGCGCGCGUGCACUCGACGCCGGUGGCGAUCAAAAUUAUUAGAGAUGCGACCGAGAAGAUCGAGGCGACGCUCGAGGAGCUUUCGACGGACUUCCCGGCCCGGCGCGACGCCGCCGUCGAGUACUUGCUCUCGCUCCCGGACUUCCAGCCUACGACCGAUCCCGAGCGCGAGCAGGUCGCGGCGUGGCGCUCGUGGAUGUCUGAUCCGCUGCACGUCGCCUAGGCCGGGCGGCGGCGCGGCGAGGACGCUAGGGACUCGGGCGCGUCCAACUCCCCAAGGGGGUGAUAAGCAUGCUGUGUG